AUGGCUGCCCAGGGAAAGCCCCAAGUCCAGUUCAAACUGGUGCUGGUUGGUGACGGCAGCACCGGGAAGACAACGUUUGUGAAGCGUCACCUGACGGGUGCAUUCGAGAAGUAUGUAGCCACCUUGGGCGUGGAGGUCCACCCGCUCGUGUUCCGCACAAACAGGGGACCCAUCAAGUUCAACGUGUGGGACGUGGCGGGCCAGGAGAAAAUCGAUGGGCUGCGGGACAGCUACUAUAUCCGAGCCCAGUGCGCCAUUAUAAUGUUUGAUGUCACGUCAAGGGUUACUUACAAGGAUGCGCCUAACUGGCAUAGAGAUCUGGUACGAGUGUGUGAGAACAUCCCUACUGUGCUGUGUGGCAGCAAAGUGGACAUUAAGGACAGGAAAGUUAAGGCAAAAUCUAUUGUCUUCCACCGAAAGAAGAUUCUUCAGAACUAUGACAUUUCUGCCAAAAGUAACUACAACUUUGAAAAGCCCUUCCUGUGGCUUGCUAGAAAACUAAUUGGAGAUCCUAACUUGGAGUUUGUCGCCAUGCCCACUCUUGCCCCACCAGAGGUUGUCAUGGACCCAGCUUUGGCAGCCCAGUACGAGCAUGAUCUAGAGGUUGCUCAGACAACUGCUCUCCCGGAUAAAGAUGAUGACCUGUGAGAACGUGCAGCU